GAUAUUUGCUUUUGUGACUCGUGAUCCUUUACCAAUUUCUACGUGAGUCAAUAACUUUAGCUCAAUAAAGAUAUGAAUAGUGACAAAACUAGCGAUAAGGAGGAUCCUCAGAAACAGCUAAAAAGAGGGAAAGGAGGCUUGCUAGACCCAGAGAAAGAUACAGGGCACACAGGAGCAGCAGGAAGUGAAGAGACUCCAGAGGCCACACAGGCACGCUUGAAGCAACACAUGCAGGCAGAGGCAUACAGAGUGAAUCCCGAUAUGCCUCUAUUCGAACACUGCUGUUCAAUCCAAGAUGCUGUUUAUAUCUAUAUCUGCAGUCAUGCCAAUAAUGUCCAUCUAUCGAUUACCACUUGGACAAUAUGAAUACGCAGGCCAUGUCAUCAACCUGCCACAAGAUGUGGUGUCAUUUGCACAAUAUCUUUCAGCAGAGUUGGAUGCGUCGCUUGCCCCAUGGCGCUUGCGUUACCCUAGUUGUAGAUUUUGAUUUUAAAGCUUCAUUGUAAGAGCUUACCUUGCACUUUGAAUCACAGAGCAUACAAUUCUCGUCCCAACGACCCAAUAAACUUCCCUCAACAUCAUAACAUUGAUUGUGUGCAUUACCGUUCGCAUCACUGUUGCACAAAGUGCUGGCUUGCGAGUCUACAUGUUGCGUGUCUGACCACAGCUGUUUUCAAAGCCUUGUCAUUGCGUACAAAUAUGACUUUCUUCUGUAUAGUGUACUCCUGCUAGAUAUAGUUGCUGCUCAGUACAGCUAUAGAUUUCCAUGUUCAUACUGAUUUUCACAUAAUUUUUACACUUUGCAUGUAUAAUUGUGAGAUGUUAAAUGAAACAGCCGAUGGUUUAGCUUCAAUGCUCUGGUUUAUACAGUAGACUCUCAUUAAUCCGGUCACCCUUGGGACCAUGCAGCUUGGCCGAAAUAGCGAGGUGGCUGCAGCUCAGGAAAUAGGCGUGGCUUAAAAACGACCUUACCUCGAAUCUAAUGACUACUUUUGCGGUUCUUGUCUCGAGGAUAAGGAAUGAUAAUGAAUCAUUCUGUUCUCUAUUUAAGUGUAAUCCAAUUUUAUUUGCUAAAUCACACCCAAAACGUCAUAUCCGGCCGUAAUACACGUAUAAAAUUACAUUGAAAACCUUGUUUGGGACAGCCAGCACCUGCCGGUAAACGGAAUAGCGAGUGGCCGUACUUCAGAGUUAGUUUUGUGCAGUAAACAUAUAGCUAGCAUUCCGUGCCAAGCCAAAUGGCCGGUAUAUAUCGAGGUGGCCGUACUUCAGAGAGCCGGAAUAGCGAGAGUCUACUGUAUAUGCAGCAACAAAUUAAUUAGUUAUCACUCAUUUCUAAUUAUGUGGCUGUCAAUCGAUGUCUCUAUUGAAUAUAGGUCUAUCAACGGUGUGCAAAACUUUGCUGGCUAUCUGGAGUACUUCGAUCUUGGGAACAGCUCUGCAAAUUCUGAAACCUCAGAUUUGAAAGAAGAUGACAGGAUCAUACUGGGAUCCAUCAUUUCGAUUCUGAAUCUUGGUGGAGCCAUCGGGAGCCUCUUUGCUGGCAGUAAAGUUCAAUAAAACAAUUCAUAGCCUGCUGACUACUUUGGCCGUAAAGUAACUAUUAUGAUGUCAGGAGUGCUGAUGGUUCUUGGAGGAUCCAUACAGAGUGCUGCAGUACAGGGAGGACCAUGGAUGGAAAUCUUGGGUCGUUUUAUUAGUGGACUUGGAUGCGGCUCAUUUUAUAUGGCUGGCCCUGUGUACAUUGCUGAGAUUGCUCCCAUGCAUAUUCGAGGAACCUUGACAUCUCUAAUUGGCCCAACCAUAGCAAUGGGAAUAAUGACUGCCUAUGUCACCAACUUCCUGCUGUACGAUAAGCUGUUUGGUUGGAGGGUGUCUCGUCUACUGUCUUGUGUCUUUGGUUGUGUCUUCAUUGCCGGCUUGACCGUGAUGCCCAGGACCCCAAGGUGGCUCAUGGUGCAGGGGAGAGAGUCAGAGGCACGAGAGGUACUCAGAAAAACUGUCUCCAAGCUGGGACAGGAGGGAAUUGAAGCUGAGCUAGAGGAUAUUAGACAGACUCUGAAAUCAGCAACAAAGCAAAAUCUCUUUCAGGGAGCUUAAAGUGGUUUUGAAAUGGAGAAUCCUUAAACGUGUCAUCCCGUUUGUUGUCACCAGUGAGAUGUUUCCUUUAGAGGGACGAGGACUUGUUGCGGCCUUCUCCACGGCAAUCAACUAGAUCUCUGCAUACAUAUUCACUCAAGCCAUUCUGGCCUCCAUUAACUCGUCUGGUUCUCUGUACAUGAUCAGCUUGAUUGACUUGGCUGCAGCUCUCUUCUUCUUAUUCCUACUGCCUGAGACGAAGGGCUUCAGUCUCGAAGAAAUGGAGAAAAUAUUCGAGAAACCGUGGCUUGAGAGGGUGGGGCUCACUUCCUGCUGCAGAUUUUGUCAUAGUUAAGAUGUGGCUGAAGAUGGUAUCCCUAAGAGUGAACAUGCUGUCAAUGGAGUGGUGAUGCUAGGGGACAAAUCUGUAGAGCUUCAAUAUGCCAGACAAAAGAGAGAAUUUGUGUUUGUGGAGGAGAAUAGUAAAGACUGGGAAGAGUAUUGGGAACGAUACGAUGUAGAAGAGACUAGAACUGCUAGCAAACAAACCACUGUGUGAAUGCAUGCUAGUAGUUAGUGUCAACAAGAGUGUAUGAAUGGCUUCAUACACUCUGCAUGGCCGGGGUCAAAAGUCGUUUCCUUUCAUUAAUUAAAAAAUAUGCGGUAUUGUUA